AUAUCAGUGAGCUGGAAUAGUAAAUGACUUUGAAAUCUCCUUCAUUUUAAUAAUGAAAGGGUUAUCCAGCAGCCGUAGCCAUCAUCAUGGGGUUGUAUGCGAUUCAGUAUGUGAAACCCUUCCACACCACACAGAUAGAAAGCCAUAUUUACUAAAUCCAGUAGACCCCCAUCCUGCAGAUCAUCCAUACUAUGCUCAAAGGAACUCAUAUCCAGUAGACUGCAUGGUGUCGUAUGGGGAUCAGAUUGCAAGCAGUACUUUUCCAAGGAGACAUUAUAGUUCUCAUCAUGAUCUAAAAGAUGAGUGUGCUCUAGUUCCUCAUGGAUCAGUAGGAAAAGCCAAUCGCAUACCAUCAACCCUCUUAGAUCAAUUCGAAAGACAGAUUCCUAUUAAUCGUGAUGGCUACCAUACCUUGCAAUAUAAAAGGAGCGCAGUGGAGCACCGCAGUGACAGCCCAGGAAGGAUACGGCAUUUAGUUCAUUCUGUUCAAAAACUCUUUACAAAAUCUCAUUCACUGGAAGGCCCAACAAAAGGGAAUGCCAAUGGAAAUAAAGCCAACUCAGAGGAAGUACAAACUGUAAGGUACGGCAAGCGCAGUAAAAGCAAAGAGAGGAGAGCUGAAGUGAAACCUAGAGCUAACAUUACAGGGUGGUGGGGUUCACAGGAUAACUUAGAUAACGAUAUUUGCAUCUAUCAUACUCCGACUACAGUCAUGACUAUGGGCAGAUGCCCUGAUCGUUCGACUUCACAAUAUUUUAUGGAAGCAUACAACACGAUUAGUGAACAUGCAUUAAAGGCAUCGAGAAGCAAUAAUGAUGUGAAAUGCAACACCUGUACAAAUUUGCCAGUGAGCUUGGACAGCCAGAUGUUGAAGAAAAGUUCUUGGGCGUCCACACUAACAGUGAGCAGGGCACGUGAGGUCUACCAGAAACCCUCUGCAAACAUCGAUCAGGCAUUGGUAAAAUCUGAUUCCUGUCAACAAGAGCGACCAUGUCAGUACCUCCAGGUUCCACAAGAUGAAUGGAGUGGAUAUGCCCCCAAAAGCAAAGAUGAUGAAAUUCCUUGUCGGAGAAUGCGCAGUGGCAGCUACAUCAAAGCCAUGGGAGAUGAUGACAGUGGAGAUUCUGACACCAACAGCCCUAAGCCAUCUCCAAAAAUUGCAGCACGGAGAGAGAGUUACCUAAAAGCGACUCAACCCUCCCUCACAGAGCUCACCACACUAAAAAUCUCAAAUGAACACUCUCCAAAACUUCAGAUUCGAAGCCACAGUUAUUUGAGGGCAGUAAGUGAAGUGUCAAUAAACAGAAGUAUGGAUAGCCUGGAUCCAUCAACUCUUCUUACCUCUCCCAAAUUCCGUUCGAGGAACGAGAGUUACAUGAGGGCAAUGAGCACGAUCAGUCAGGUUAGUGAAAUGGAAGUGAACGGUCAGUUUGAAUCGGUCUGUGAGUCUGUAUUUAGUGAGCUUGAGUCUCAGGCAGUGGAUGCACUAGAUCUUCCAAUGCCCGGCUGCUUUCGAAUGAGGAGCCACAGCUAUGUAAGAGCCAUUGAAAAGGGAUGUUCUCAAGAUGAUGACAGCGUGUUGCUUAGGCCAUCAUCACCCCCACGCACAACCACUACAGUGAGAACCAUUCAGAGCAGCACAGUAUCAUCAUGUAUUACUACAUACAAGAAGACACCUCCUCCUGUGCCGCCAAGAACCACAACCAAACCAUUCAUCUCUAUAACUGCUCAGAGUAGCACAGAAUCUGCCCAAGAUGCCUACAUGGAUGGGCAUGGCCAAAGGGGGGAUAUCAUUAGCCAAUCAGGACUCAGUAACUCCACCGAGAGCCUGGACAGUAUGAAAGCACUUACCGCUGCUAUAGAGGCUGCCAAUGCCCAGAUUCAUGGCCCUGCCAGUCAACACAUGGAGAACAUGAACACAGCCACAGCAAGUUCCUCCUCCAGCACAGCUACCAUUACUGCAGAGGACAGAAAGCGCAAUUUGUUCAGAAAAAAUCUGUCUAUUGGAAUACAGGUUGAUGGACCAGAGGAGGCAGCGAAAGCAGAAGAGAGACAAGCAGCCUUUCGUUAUCAAUCAGUAGGAAUCCAAGUAGAAGAAGAAAGAGCGUUACGGCGACUGGCCCGAUCUAACAGUGUUACCGCUGCUGUGCAAGCAGAUCUGGACCUCAGGGAGCAUUUUGAAUGUCCAGUGGAAUUUGCUGAACAGGAAUUUCAGUACAGUAGGCCACUGACCAAACAGUAUUCCCGAGAUGCUUGUACUUCCACUGUCAGCAUUCAGGGCUCAGGCAACCACUAUCAUGCAUGUGCAGUGGACGAGGACUUUGAUGCUGAUUUUGAUCCUUCCAUAUUACCUCCUCCAGACCCAUGGAUUGACUCCAUCACAGAAGAUCCUAUGGAAGCAGUUCAUAGGUCGGUUUGUCAUAGAGAUGGACAUUGGUUUUUAAAGCUUCUUCAGGCAGAAAAGGAGAGAAUGGAGGGUUGGUGCCAGCAAAUGGAGAGAGAAGAGCAUGAAAACGACCUGUCUGAUGACAUCCUAGAGAAGAUUCGCAGUGCAGUUGGUUGUGCUCAGCUUCUGAUGUCCCAGAAGUUCUACCAGUUCAGAGAACUCUGCGAAGAGAACCUGAAUCCUAAUGCACACCCCAGACCAACCUCUCAGGAUUUAGCUGGGUUCUGGGACAUGCUACAACUAUCAAUAGAAAACAUUAGCAUGAAAUUUGAUGAACUUCAUCAGUUGAAGGCCAAUAAUUGGAAACAACUGGACUCUAUUGAUAAAAAGGAGAGAAGGGUUCCUCCUCCAGUGCCAAAGAAGCCAUCGAAAGGUCAGGCCCCACUGGUCCGGGACAGGUCUCUGGAGAGUACAGAGCGGCAGCGGCAUGAUGCCAGGAAACGGCUGAUGUCUGCAAAGCGUGCUGCAUCUGUCCGACAGAAUUCUGCCACCGAGAGUGCGGAUAGCAUUGAGAUCUACAUCCCAGAGGCUCAGACAAGGCUAUGAAGCCAUCACAAGAAGGACAGGGGAGAUAUUAUAUAUAAUGGUCAUUUACAUAUAUAAUAUGUCCUCUAGUUUGGUGGAAAAAAACAGUCACAUGUACAUGUACCUGUAUUUUCUCUUCUCUUUCUAUUGUUUUUUCCCCCCUUUUCCUACCUACUGCUUUUGUUACUUUGUCCCCAGUUGUGUUGUAACCUAUUAGUCUAGGAUGACCCUGAUUCCUUUUGUACACAUUAGCGCAUUUCAUCUCGAUGAUGCUCUUUGGACACAGAUCAGUGAUGCCCCCACUGCACAUGGUAACUAGCACUGUCUGAACUUUUUUUAACACACAGGGUGACAAUUUUGAAAAGAAAAACACAAAUACACAUUUGCUCCAUUGUACAGAACUCAUGGUGCCCUUGUUUUUCCUUUAUCUAGAGCUGCGGUAGUCUGCAAUCUAGUGUACAGAAAUAGAAAAUUGUAGGUUAUACAGUACUGUGGACUCUAAUGUCUUCCUUUUUUAAAUGUGAGAAGCAUGGGCUCUGCUUCCCAACUUUUUCUUGUUGUUAGAGCAGAUGGCGCACUUUAUUCAGAGUUUCAAAUGUACCUCUCACUGUGGGAACAGGUGAGAGAGAAAUUAUGACGGCGAAAGCUGGAGGCAGGGAGUCUAACAAAGGCAGGUAUCACAUCUACACGGGCUUUGAUUUGCACACCUAGCUUUUUGAAGGAUGAAUAUUUACAUACACUGUCAAGUUCACCACACUAUCACUGUUCACCACAGUG